UGCUUGUAUUUGUAAUUGUUAAAAUUUAGAAUAAAUUAAUUUUAUCUCCUUAUUCAAAUAGUAUGAAAGUUGGUUUCCGAUGUCGAAUGGGAGAUAAAAUUUUGGGCUAAAAAACUGAGUUUUCGUGGCGCACGGAGGAUCGGCGCCGCCUUCUGGCGCUUGGUUCAAAUCCCAGUAGAGCCAAAUUUACUUUUUGUAACUCUAAAAAACGUUACAAAAGCAAUAAAUAUUACGCUGUUUUGAUCGUAGUAGUCCUCACAACUUUGGAUAGUCGGACCACCCCUGGGAACGUGGGGGUUAAAUAUAGUUAUUUUUUAUCCGUAACUGCGUGAAAGCAAAGCACUUUCAAUACAACAUUAAAAAACAUGGCUAACACUGCGCAAUUGAGGAAACUGAUUGCAGAAAUUCUGAAAACUGCUAAUCUCAACUCCAUCACUACAAGGAAAGUUCGACAAGAAUUGGAAACCAAACUUGGCGAAGAUUUAUCUGAAAAGAAAAAACAAAUUGAAAACUUGGUCUUGGAAAUUUUGGAAGACAUCCUAAACGGCACAGGAGACGACAAAGGGUCAAAACGUAAAACAAAAGAUGAAUCUGAAUCUGAGAAGGAAGACACGCCCAAGAAAAAGAGGGGGAAGAAGGCAUCUGAUGAUGAUGACGAAUCAUCAUCGUCACUCGUCAUUGACGAAUCAUCAUCGUCACUCGUCAUUGACGAAUCAUCAUCGUCAAUCGUCAUUGACGAUUCUGAGGAAGAACCCAAGACGGAGAAGAAGCCUGCUGGAAAUUUGAAGGGAGGAUACGCAAAGAAAUAUAGAUUGAGUUCCAAGUUGGCUAAGGUCAUGGGGGAAGAGAACAUGGCUCGUCACGAAGUGGUCAAGAAGAUGUGGGUCAUCAUUAAGGAGAAGCAGUUGUUUGAUCCAAAAAACAAACAGUUUGCUAUUUGCAAUGAGGAUCUGCUUGCCGUUUUUAGAGUGAAACGGUUCAAAAUUUUUGGGAUGAUGAAGUACUUGAGUACCCAUUUCUUGGACGACUGAAUUCAAAUUCAAAUUCAAAUAACUGACUCAAGGUUUUUUUCUAACAGUCUCAUCUAAUGUUUUACUAGUUGAAGAUUGAUGGUUAUUUUCUUUUAUAGUGUACGAAGGUACCUUAUCUAUACUUAAUCCUGCUCUACUGUGUGUUUAAUUUGUUGGUAUCGUGGUUAAGUUUCUUCUUUUUUGUCUUUUACUAUAUAUAUAUAAUACAUUUUUGUUAGAUUUAAUUAAAUGACAAAGUGUCCAAACUCAAUUUUAUAUAUUAAAUAUCCCAUAAUAGAUUGAUAACCUUGUAUUAGGGCCCCGUUUAUUAUUGUCACAAGACUUGAAAUUAAUUAAAGUUUGUGUGUUGGUAGCUUAUUGCAAUAAAUUAUGCCACAGUUAUUUUUUGUUUUCACGACA